UCGAACAGUAGCAUGAGCUUUAUUUAGAAAGAAGUCAGUCUCUGGUUGUUUUGCAAGCUUCCCUGAGGUAGUGGGAUUUUUUUUUCCUGAAACAAAAAAAUAAAAACAUGAAUGAUUCUUCCAAAUGAUAAUGAAUGGGCUGCUGAAGUAAAGCAAAGCGAGCAAACCGCAAAGCCAUGAAUGAACACGCAUCUUGUAAAUGAAAAAGAAGUAGGUCGCUCUCCGCGCCAUCAGACGCUGUCAUUCCUCCUCAAGGCCAGCAGGCGACGGUAUUUCUUCCCCUCGAAAUAAAACCGCUUGUCUUCGGACUGUUUAAUCACAUGCUGGGAAGGUUUGAAGUUGCGGCUUCAUGUCACACAUGCGUACCGACAAAGUGAAUGGCAUACGGGCGCUGAAGUGACACCGAGAGAGGAAGAAGACCGUCUGCAAGAGCUGAACAACGACUCGCGAGGGGAGAAGAAGGAGAAGGAGAAGAAGAAGAAGAAGAAGGGGGAGAUAAGGUGCGCAUGGGGAGUAUGAAGAUGAAAGCCGCGGGAGGUUGUAGUAUCCCACCACCGGCGUCUUCAAAAUCCAGGCUUUAGGACGCACGGGGAGUCGCGGCACGUUGAAUUUGGACCAGUUGAGAAAGUUCAGCGGCUGUAGCUAUACAAUGGUUAUAAAUGGGUCUGAACUGAACAGCUCGUCGGAAGACCUCAGUGACACCGUGCUGAACCGCCCGCCGUGGGUUACCACAACUUUGGGAUGCUUCCUGAUCUUCACUAUCGUCGUUGACAUCCUUGGCAACCUCUUGGUCAUCUUCUCCGUGUAUCGGAACAAGAAGCUGAGAAACGCAGGGAACAUCUUUGUCGUGAGCCUGGCAGUGGCAGACCUUGUGGUGGCCAUCUAUCCAUACCCCCUGGUCCUCACCUCCAUCUUCCACAAUGGCUGGAACCUGGGUUACGCUCACUGCCAAAUCAGCGGCUUCCUCAUGGGAAUCAGCGUCAUUGGUUCCAUCUUUAACAUCACUGGCAUCGCCAUCAACAGAUACUGUUACAUCUGCCACAGCCUCAAAUAUGAUAAACUGUACAGUGACAAAAACUCUGUGUGCUAUGUGAUGCUAAUCUGGGCACUGACUGUGGUGGCAAUUGUGCCAAACCUGUUUGUGGGCUCACUUCAGUAUGACCCACGAGUUUACUCCUGCACCUUUGAACAGUCUGCCAGUUCAGCCUACACAAUUGCUGUGGUCUUCUUUCACUUUAUUUUACCCAUCAUGAUAGUCACUUACUGCUACCUGCGCAUUUGGAUACUGGUCAUACAGGUGAGAAGGCGGGUCAAACCAGACAAUCGUCCCAAGAUAACGCCACACGACGUUAGAAACUUUGUCACCAUGUUCGUGGUGUUUGUGCUGUUCGCUGUUUGCUGGGCGCCGCUCAACUUCAUUGGCCUUGCUGUAGCGAUCAAACCGGAGGUGGUGAUCCCGCUCAUCCCUGAGUGGUUAUUUGUCGCCAGCUACUUCAUGGCCUACUUCAACAGCUGCCUUAAUGCCAUUGUGUAUGGUGUGCUGAACCAGAACUUCCGGCGUGAGUACAAGCGCAUUGUAGUGUCGGUGUGCACAGCACGCAUUUUCUUCCAGGACAGCUCCAACGACGCGGGAGAGAGAAUCAAGAGUAAACCUUCACCCCUCAUGACCAACAAUAACCAGGUUAAAGUGGACUCGGUGUGAACCAGAACUCUGAUGAUUACUGAGAGAACAUGAAUAUACAUGCGGUGACUGAGAGUUUAAAAAAAUGCUGAGGAAAAUACCAAAUAUAAAUAUAAAAGCUUCUAUCCACUGAGCUGUCCACGGACUGUCAUAUGGUGCUAUCUGACCUCUGAACAAUCACAGUAAAAGCAGAGGUGCAUAUUAUCGUAGUCUUUUAUGAAGCACUUCGAUUUGACUCUGCAGUACAUGUAGUACAGUAAAUAUGAUGUCUGUUUUGUUUUCAUGUUUACAGUGAUUAUAUAAAUGUAUCAUGCAUUAUAAAAGUAUUUAUUUUGUAUGAAAUGUCAAGUAGAUACAUAGUAAGAUAUAUCAGGUUCCAGUUAAAUGAAGACACAUUUUAUCAGGCCUAUAAAACGUUUCUGCAAAACUUGGUUGAACAUAUAUCCAGUAGUUUAUGAUGAAGUCAACCAGUUUUAUUAACCUCAUUUGUGACACUGUAAAACUAAUUGAGUGCAAGCAAUGUGGGUUGCUGCUAUCUUAUUACACCCUGCAAUACAUUGGGUGGAAUAUAUAUUUUACUCUCUCUUUCGCUCUCUCUCUCUCUCUCUCUCUCUCUCUCUCUUACUCUGCCACCUUGUGAGCUCAUUAUACUGUAUGCAUGGAUAUCAGGAAAUGUUCAUAUGCAAAAUAAAAACCGAUAUUGAUGGAA